CCGAGCCCAGGCUCGCUAGACAGCCCCAAGAGGCGCGCGACUGAUUGAGGGGGAGGGAGAGAGCCGGCGACCUCCGCCCCGCGAUUUUCUCGACCCCAAUUUGGGAGCGGGUAUCGGAUUCCGGCUGGGGAGUGGGGCGGGGCCGGAGGCGGUCGCUGAAGGACGCGAGGGCACAGGCCAGAACUGCCAGGCUUCUUCCCGGAGUGGACCUCUGCGCCUAGGCCGAGCCGCCGUAGCUGCCCCCCAAGAUGGCAGAAGCCCACCAGGCCGUGGCCUUCCAGUUCACAGUGACCCCUGAUGGGGUAGACUUCCAGCUCAGCCGAGAGGCCCUGAAGCACGUCUACCUGUCUGGAAUCAACUCUUGGAAGAAACGCCUUAUCCGCAUCAAGAAUGGCAUCCUCAGGGGCGUGUAUCCUGGCAGCCCCACCAGCUGGCUGGUCGUUGUCAUGGCAACAAUGGGCUCCUCCUACUGCAAUGUGGACAUUUCCAUGGGGAUGAUCUGCUACAUCCGGAAAUACAUCCCAGAGGGAUGCGGCCAUUACCUGACCCUGCAGACCCGAACCCUCCUCAGCGUGGGCAUCUUCUCCACUGGAGUCUGGGUGGCUGGCAUCUUCCUUUUUCGCCAGACCCUGAAAAUGCUGCUCUCUUACCAUGGCUGGCUGUUUGAGUUGCAUGGCCAGACCAGCCGGGUCACCAAGAUCUGGGCUGUCUGCGUCCGGCUCUUGUCCAAUCGCCGGCCUAUGCUCUACAGCUUCCAGACUUCUCUGCCCAAGUUGCCAGUGCCAAAAGUGGCAGCCACAGUCAAGAGGUACCUAGAAUCUGUGAGGCCCUUGUUAGACGAUGAGGAGUAUUAUCGAAUGGAAGUGCUGGCUAAAGAUUUCCAAGAGAAAACUGCUCCCCGCCUCCAGAAAUACCUGGUGCUCAAGUCCUGGUGGGCCACCAACUAUGUGAGUGACUGGUGGGAAGAAUACAUCUACCUUCGAGGCCGGAGCCCCAUCAUGGUGAAUAGCAACUAUUAUGUCACGGAUUUCAUACUGACCCACCACACAGACAUUCAGGCCGCUCGACUGGGCAACGUGGUUCACGCCAUGAUCAUGUAUCGGCGAAAGCUGGACCGUGAGGAGAUCAAGCCUGUGAUGGCUCUUGGCAUUGUGCCCAUGUGUUCAUAUCAGAUGGAAAGGAUGUUCAACACCACCCGAAUCCCUGGCAAAGAAUCAGAUGUGUUACAGCACCUCCUCGACAGCAGGCAUGUGGCUGUCUACCACAAGGGCCGCUUCUACAAGGUCUGGCUCUACCAGGGCUCCCAGCUGCUCAAGCCUCGGGACCUCGAGAUGCAGUUCCAGAGGAUCCUGGAUGAUACUUGUCCCUCCCUGCCUGGCGAGGAGAAAAUAGCAGCCCUCACAGCUGGGGGCAGGGUGCCAUGGGCUGAGGCACGCCAGACCUACUUCAACACAGGAAAGAAUAAGGCCUCCUUGGAGGCCAUCGAGAAGGCAGCCUUCUUUGUGACCUUGGACGAGGAGGCCCACAGCUAUGACCCCGAAAAUGAGGCCAGCCUCAGCCUCUACGGAAAGUCUCUGCUGCAUGGAAACUGCUAUAACAGGUGGUUCGAUAAGUCCUUCACCCUUGUUGCUUUCAAGAAUGGUAAGCUGGGCCUCAACACUGAACACGCCUGGGCAGACGCUCCUGUUGUUGGGCACCUCUGGGAGUUUGUGUUAGCCACAGAUGCCUUCCACCUGGACUACACCGAUUCUGGCCAUUGCCAGGGCAAGCCUAACCAUGCCCUGGCCCCACCUCAGAGGCUGCAGUGGGAAAUCCCUGAGGAGUGCCAGAAGAUCAUCGAGAGCUCCUAUCAGGUGGCUAAGGCCCUGGCCGACGACGUGGAAUUGUAUUGCUUCCAAUUCAUGCCCUUUGGCAAGGGCCUCAUUAAGAAGUGCCGCUCCAGCCCUGAUGCCUUUGUGCAGAUCGCCCUACAACUGGCCCAUUUCCGGGACAAAGGCAAGUUCUGCCUGACCUAUGAGGCCUCGAUGACACGGAUGUUUCGGGAUGGCAGGACAGAGACCGUGCGAUCCUGCACCUCUGAAGCCACGGCCUUUGUCCGGGCCAUGAUGGACUCCGCAUACAUGAAGCCAGACCUCCAGGAUCUCUUCCGCAAAGCCGCCGAAAAGCACCAAAACAUGUACCGCCUGGCGAUGACCGGAGCUGGCAUUGACCGACACCUCUUCUGCCUGUAUGUAGUCUCCAAGUACCUGGGUCUCCACUCCCCCUUCCUGGCCCAGGUCCUGUCAGAGCCCUGGCGACUCUCCACCAGCCAGACAGCCCAGUUCCAAAUCCGCAUGUUUGACCCAGAGAAGUAUCCCAACCACCUGGUAGCUGGAGGGGGCUUUGGCCCAGUAGCUGAUGACGGGUAUGGGGUUUCUUAUAUGAUUGCUGGUGAAAACACCAUCUUCUUCCACAUCUCCAGCAAAUUCUCAAGUUCAGAAACAAAUGCCCAGCGCUUUGGGAACCAUAUCCGCCAAGCCCUUGUGGACAUCGCUGCUCUAUUUGACCUUCCUACCUCUAAGCUAGAGAGCUGAGACUGGAGAAGGUGGCCAGCUGCCCUUCCCUUUGCGCCUGUCCCCAGUGGCAGGAAAGGAGGGGCCCGUGGCCAGCUCCCAGGGAGAGGUGGGAGGCCGGAGCCCAGGAGCACGCCUCGGAGAGCAAGGCCCCUACGUCCACCUGGCCAGACACCGUCCCCUGACAAUAGGGCACAGGAGGCGGGGGGCGGUGGGGGUGGGAACAGAAUUUGUAUUUUUUUCAGUAGAUGUUAAUAAAAAUAAGGCUCUUUGUGGAAUUCUGUCCUAACCAUUAGGUAACAGACUUUGGUUUCUGUAUUGUGUGUGAGCUGAGCACCUUGGGGGCCAGCCCCCAUGCAGCAGAGUGGGGUGGGGAUGGUGGGGCUAAGAUGAGAAGAUUGAGAGGGCUCGUGGCCCAUCCCUGGAUUGGUCCCCAGGACUGAGUGUGUGCUGGGGGGUUCAUGCCCAUGGUUACACUUUCAAUAAAAACUCAUGUUACAGACUCA